AUGAACCACGCCAGAGUCAAAGAGCUCAAGGGCACCGCCGGCAAGACGGUGUCCAGAAAGGCGCAAAAGUCUGGCCGCGCGUCGGGCGCAUUGACGCCCCAAGGGUCAUCGCCUAUGGCCUCUCUCCUUACAUCGCCUUCUCAUUCCGCGGCCCAGAGCCGUGUCACGUCCGACGUCAGCGACGAUGAUGAGGAGGGUGACUUUGAGUUCGACGACAUGGCGUCGAGCAUACACUCCAGCGGCUCUGGAGUUGAGGUGUCCCAGGAAGUCGGUGGCUCCUUCGAUGUCCAGGCGCUCAUGGACAACCUCCAGGACAAGAAGCGCAACAAUGGCGAACUACGCGAACAAUACCUCCAGGUCUAUAUCAAAUAUAUCCGGACCCGAUACACUCCGGAGACUCACCACUGGCUGGACGAUGCUGCGCAUGCUCUAACCGACAUUUUCCUGAAAGAUGCGAACCGUGGCGGUACUGCGAGGGAACGCCUGCUGAGCCUUCAAGCGUACUGUCUGACCAUUGGUACCGUGGAAGACAUGGAUGCGUUCGAGGCCGGAAGCAAAGCUCUGAAGCAGAUUUUGAGAGAUGACGACGACGAAGAGUGCCAGGUCUACGCCAUUUACGCCCUGUGCAUGACGGCUCUCUACGGCGGGGGCAUGGAAGAAGCAGCCCUGGAGUUGAUGGAGUACAUGGUCGAAAUCGUUGACACCGACGGCGAGAGUGUCGAGGCGCAUGACAAUGCGGCCGUCGUGUGCGCAGCGAUGCAGGGUUGGGCUUUCAUUGCCAGCCAUGUGGACGAUUACUCCGAUUAUGCCGACACCGCCAUGGAUGCGUUUGUGGAGCAGCUGGACAGCACCGACAUCGAGAUUCAGUCGCACGCAGGCAACUGCAUUGCACUCAUUUACGAGUCAUCACGCAACCACGAGGAGGAGACGGGAGAACCGUUUCAACUUCCAUACGACCCUCAGCGGCUUGCCGCCAAGCUGAACGAGCUGGCAAAGCUGAGCGCAAAAUCGGUGUCGAGAAAGUCCCGCAGAGAUCUUCGCCAGAGUCUUCUGUCCGCUGUUACUUCCCUGGAACGAGGCGUCGGGCCAUACUACUCAACCGCCCUGUAUAUCCCGGAGAAGGACUCGUUCGUGCCACCCUCGCUGCGAACCGACGACGGAAGGGCAGAAUACGGGUAUCGUUGCAAGCUACGGCUCGGAAACCACACGGCCAGAAUUGAUUCGUGGUCUCUGUUCUCAAGAGCGGAGAUGAUGAAGAUUCUGUUCCGAGGCGGCUUACAAAAUCACAUUUUCGUGAAUCCAGUGGUCACGGAGUGUCUGGAGGACGCAGACUGGUCAGAGACGUAUGCUGGCGAGGAGCACGACAGGAAACCGAAACCGUCAACCAAAGCCCGCAAGAGAUGA